CUGGAGAAGGAUGUAAAUGGUUCCUAGGUGGAGGUGAUGCAGAGGCAGACGCGUGUACCUUAGACAGGUGCCAUCUUUUCAGAAGUCCAGGCUUGUCGCGGAAGCUCCAGACUCUCUAGUCCUUUCCAGGAAAGCCUUGUCUACAGACGCCCCCAAAACCUGGGAGUGGGCUGCAGGUAGAAGUUUCCUGUGCCGUCAAGCGUGCGCGAUCCACAGGUGCACUGGGCCAGGAGGACCGAGAGCGAGCGCCAGGUGAAGGCUCGCAGCGGUGCUCAAGGGACUCACCCUGGAGGGCCCAGGACGUGAGCACACGGGCUCGAGGGGUCAAGCAGGAGGCGCUCUAGGUCCUUCUCCACCUCCUCGCUGUCCCUCAGUCUCCUCCUCUCGGCAUUGAGUUCGCAGUCGCUGCACUUGAGAAGUCAGAUCUUGGUGAAGACAGGCGGGCGCUUGCUGCUCCCGUAGCCUCCCCCAGGCUUUGAGGACACCCUAGUCUUUCGUCUUCGCGCCGCCGCCCUCAGGCCGAUUUGGAGGAAGUGAUCCGCAGCCGGGGCGGGGAGCACAGGGCCGGGUGCGCGAGGAGGCGAGCGCCCACUGUCCGGACCGGCUGCGGAGAUCCCAGGUGCGGUCGAGGGCGACGCGCCUGGGUGGAGACCGGAUCGUAGGGCUGGGGGCGCGGCGGCCACUCCGGGAGGUCGGGCGGCGAGCGUGACCUCACUGGGAGGGGCCAACACGCAGCUGGGGCUCGGAACCCAGCGCUGAGGGCGCUGUGGGCGCUGUGCGGAGCGGUUCGCAGCGCCGAGAGCGCAAGCCGUGACCGGGAUGGAGCGCUACAAAGCACAGGGGUGUUGCUGUCUGAUGGUGCAGAGAAGGAUCCUGCAGGUCUCUGCUUCCCUGGAGCAGCUGCUGACAGAGCUGGAUGACUUCCUCAAGGUUCUAGACGAGGAGAACCUGAGCAGCGCAGCCUUGGUGAGGAAGAGUGGCCUGGCGGAGCUCCUGCGGCUUUACACCAAGAGCAGCAGUUCUGAUGAGGAGUACAUUUACAUGAACAAAGUAUCAGUCAACAGGGAGCAGAACUCAGCAUCUCCGCUUGAAGUGCCCGAGGAGCAGGGUCCACUGACCAAUGGGGAGCCCAGCCGGCACUCCUCAGCCCCACAGAAGAGCCUUCCAGAUCUUCCUCCACCCAAGACGAUUCCAGAGCGGAAGCAGCUCACUGUUCCAAAGAUUGAGUCUCCUGAGGGCUACUAUGAAGAGGCUGAGCCAUAUGAUACGUCCAUCAUCGGUCACUAUGGAUCUUAUCUCCCUACUGGAGUCCCCAGAUCAGCACAGUUGCCUGAAGGAGUCAUUUAUGCCACGAUCACCUUGGAGGACGGAGAGGCCGUGAGCAGCUCCUAUGAGUCCUACGAUGAAGAGGAGAACAGCAAAGGCAAGGCAACCCCCUACCAGUGGCCCUCGCCCGAGGCCAGCAUUGAGCUGAUGCGUGACGCCCGCAUCUGUGCCUUCCUGUGGCGCAAGAAGUGGCUGGGCCAGUGGGCCAAGCAGCUCUGUGUGAUCAGGGACACCAGGCUCUUGUGCUACAAAUCCUCCAAAGAUCACAGCCCUCAGCUGGACGUGAACUUGCUGGGGAGCAGCGUGGUGCACAAGGAGAAGCAGGUGCGGAAGAAGGAGCACAAGCUGAAGAUCAUGCCGAUGAAUGCCGACGUGAUCGUGCUGGGCCUGCAGAGCAAGGACCAAGCCGAGCAGUGGCUUCGGGUCAUCCAGGAAGUGAGUGGCCUGCCUUACGAAGGAGCCGCGGAGGGAAACCAGUACACACCGGAUGCCCAGCGCUUGAACUGUCAGAAACCAGAUAUAGCUGAGAAGUACCUGCCAGCUUCAGAGUAUGGGAGCUCCAUUGAUGGCCCCCCGGAGGUCCCAGAGACCAAAGAUGUCAAGAAGAAGUGUUCUGCUGGCCUCAAACUGAGCAACCUGAUGAACCUGGGCAGGAAGAAGUCCACCUCGCUGGAGCCCCCAGAGAGAUCCCUCGAGACAUCAAGCUACCUAAAUGUACUGGUCAACAGCCAGUGGAAGUCACGUUGGUGCUUCGUUAGAGAUAGCCACCUGCACUUCUACCAGGACCGGAACCGGAACAAGGCUGCCCAGCAGCCCCUCAGUUUGGUGGGCUGUGAAGUGGUUCCAGACCCCUGCCCUGACCACCUGUACUCCUUCCGCAUCCUCCACAACGGCGAGGAGCUGGCCAAGCUUGAGGCCAAGUCCUCAGAGGAGAUGGGCCACUGGCUAGGCCUCCUGCUUUCAGAAUCAGGCUCCAAGACAGACCCAGAGGAGUUCACCUAUGACUAUGUGGACGCAGAAAGGGUUUCCUGUAUUGUGAGUGCGGCCAAAACCUCUCUCUUACUGAUGCAGAGAAAGUUCUCAGAACCCAACACAUACAUUGACGGCCUGCCCAGUCGGGACUGCCCAGAGGAGCUAUACGAUGACGUCAUGUCGGAGUCAAUGACGGUGGUAGAGCCUGCUGAGGAGGCUGCCCCUACUGUAGAUGCUAACAGCGAGAGUGAGCUCGACCGAGUGUACCUGGAUCUCACUCCUGUCAAGUCCUUCCUGCACGGCCCCAGUGAGGGACAGGCAGAGGCCUCGCUCCCAGCAUUGCCACAGCAGGACGACCUAGCCGAGACCCUCACAGUAGACCCAGACCCUGGCCUCACCCCAGAUGAGCCCCACACAGGGUCUCCAGAAAGCCUGGAGGAGCAGCAGAGGCCGCUGGAGAGUCAGGAGUCUUCGGAACCCUUGGAGCCUGCCUUGAGAAUCCCCACAGUCAAACUGCAGGCCGAGCAGCAGAGAAUCUCCUUCCCAGGCAACUGCCCGGACACCGUGGUUUCUGCCCCCACCAGUGCCAGCCCGCCUGUGAAGGACAAGCUGAGGGUGACCAGCGCAGAGAUCAAACUUGGGAAGAACCGGACCGAGGCCGAGGUGAAGCGGUACACGGAGGAGAAGGAAAGGCUGGAGAGGAAGAAGGAGGAGAUCCGGGGGCACCUGGCUCAGCUCCGCAGAGACAAGCGGGAACUCAAAGAGAUGCUGCUGAGGUGCACAGAUAAGGGAGUCCUGGCCAACCUGGAGCAGAAGCUGAAGAGAGUGGAUGAGGAGUGCCGGAUCAAGGAGAGCAGGCUUGUGGACCUUGAGCUCAACAUCAUGGAGGUGAAGGACAACCUGAAGAAGGCCGAGGCUGGACCCGUGACGCUGGGCACAGCUGUGGAUACCACCCACCUGGACAACAUGAGCCCUCGCGCACAACCCAAAGCUGCCGCCCCCACCCCCACCCCAGACUCUACCCCAGUCAACUCUGCCUCCGUGCUCAAGAACAGGCCUCUUUCCAUCAUGGUCACAGGCAAAGGCACCGUCCUACAGAAAGCCAAGGAAUGGGAGAAGAAAGGAGCCAGUUAGGAAACACAAAUCAACCACCUAGAGACUCUGCGUCAGUGUGGACCUUGGUGACAACCCUGCUUCCGUCAAGUCGUCGAUAAACAGCCCCUCUGAGGAAGGGUGAGUCUGUGCAGAAGAAAAGCAAGGAAUGAGGUGCCGUGAAGGAGGCAUUGUCCCCUUUCCAGGCCAAAGGGAGUACGGCGGCGGCAGCAGCUUCUUUGGAGACCUAAGUCUAUUGGCCAUCAGUGAGACAUUGCACCUUUUUUUUUUUUUAUCCAUCCAUCAAUCUGUUGUUUUAUCAAGAUUUUUAAGUGGUGGAAAAAAUGGCCAAGUGGCUUUGGUGACAAGAAAAUGUAAACUGCUGACCCCUUAUCUUUAAUCCUGCAUUUGGCAGUGUUAGGGGUAAUCUUAAAGAGCAUUGGCCACCAAAGGCGUGAACUCUGGAGACCAGUAGCAGGGACACAUUUGGGACCAAGCUAAGGCACUGACUCCACCAAGGACUUUGCUGAUUCAGCUGCCUUUCAAAGACAAACUCUUAAACAAUGCUGUAUUGGAUAGGGGAAACUCCCUGUGUUUACAGACUCCGUCCUGUGGCCAGGCCAUUUGUAAGAAAAGUUAGUUAAUCGCCUCUUCAUUCCACUUUAAAGAUGUUUUUAAUGUCUGGUCCCCUUGCAGGACAGAGUGGUGAGCAGCCAGUGGCUGUCCUUUUGUGCUCCGUCUCUGUGAUGGCAUUAACACAGGUUGAAACAUUUCAUCGACCCCAUUUCUGGGCAUUCAGAAUCAGCUAUCGAACACUGGUUCCUGAAGGCUAAAUAUUUUUUAUGCAUAUUGUCUUUCUAAUCCCAGGGCAUUUAUUUCCUGUGAAAUAAACACUUGGUGAUCUUUACCAAGUGGUGAGUUAGAUUUUUUUAAAUAAAAUGUUCAUUGUAU